AUGAACAACAUUCAUCCUCCGGUCCUAAUCGUAGGCGCUGGGCCAGCGGGUCUAGUAGCAGCGUUGUCGCUCGUUCAAAACGGCGUCCGAGUUCGCAUCAUUGAUAAAGACCCCAAUCCUCGGAUCGGACAGCGUGGUCCCGGAAUCUGGCCACGCUCCCUCGAACUCUUCAACUUCCUGAAUGUCCCAGAAGUUAACGAUCGGGGGAAACUAACACCUCUCAUCCGUUCGUACAAACCCGGGACGUUGGAACCUUUAGGCCGAAACUUCGGUGGUCCCGCAUAUGGAUCCUACCCCAGCGGUACCAUUCCACCUCACCAAGAGAAGUUCUCUUGCUCUGUGGAGAUGGGUACCGAACUGCUUUCAUUCGAGCAGUCUGACCAUGGUGUUACUGCUGUUCUCGCAAAGAACGGUAUAUCAGAGACUUUUGAUACGAAGUGGAUGAUCGGUGCUGAUGGUGCUAAAGGCGUCGUGCGCAAACAGCUUGGGCUCAUGUUUUUGGGUGAAACCAGAGACGAUGCCUGGAUUGUCACUGGGGAUAUUCGUUUAAAGGGCGUUGGUCUUGAUAGAGUGUAUUGGCACCGAUUUGGAAACUUUCAUGAACGAGGCAUCUCAUUGCGUCCAACGGACGAAGUCGGCGAGGAUGGCUGGCAAUUUUUCAUCUUCGGCCAAAAACUAGACAUGACGAAGAUCGCUCAGAGCGAGGAGCUUCUCUUCCAGACCAUUGAUUCGCUGAUACCCACGGAGGUCACGUUCAACAAGCUGGUUUGGGUGAGCGAGCUGCGAACCAACAUCCGGAUGGUGAACAAGUUUAGCGAGGGUCGCGUGUUUGUUGCUGGUGAUGCUGCUCACGUACACAGUCCAACCGGUGGUCAGGGACUUAAUUCAAGUGUACAAGACACUUUCAAUCUAGGUUGGAAGCUUGCGCUCGUCGCAAAAGGACUUGCCGACAAGUCUCUCCUCGAAACAUACAACGCCGAGCGUUUCCCUGUCAUCUCGGAGAUGCUCAAUAUGACCACCUCGAUUCUCAACCAUGCAAUGAAGACAGGAGAGAUGACGAGCCGACGAACUCCCAUCCUUUUCAUGCUUGGUGUUAACUGUCGGUCCAGCAGCAUCGUUCUCGACGAGUUUGUAAUCCCAGUAGAGGGGAAACCUAUCAAUGCGUACGGGGUGCUUGACGAGGGGCAUCUCGAGGCUGGAGACCGGGCACCUGAUGCAUCCAACAUGCUGCAGGUGGGACGUGGAGCGUCUGACGUGAAGACGCUUUUUAGUCUUUAUAGACCUUGGUAUCACACGGUGCUUGUGUUCGUGCCGAGUCUCGUAGAUGCUACCCCGAUCUUGGGCGCGCUAGAGGCAUUCGACAAAAGCGUGGUGCGAUUGGCAGUCAUUCUGCCUUCAUCGGCACCAGUGACGGCCGUCGCAUCUCCCGCUGAUCACGUUUUUGUUGAUCAGGAGAGCUAUGCUCAUUUGGCUUAUCUUGUCGAAGCUAACCAUACCAAGGUGUUCGUGAUACGACCGGAUGGUGUGGUUGGGGCAAUCGUUCAUGGUGCAGGAGGUGUGAAGAAGUAUUUCUCCAGAAUAUUUUGUGAAAGUAACGUAUCGCGUUUGUAA